AUGCUCUACAUCCUUCUGCCCGGCUGUGUGGGGCCCGGGGCCCAUUCCACUAUCCCGCCCGACACGGUGAAGGUCUGGGCGGACACCAUAGGCAACCAGAUGUACUCCAUCGUCACCAAAUUCUCCGGCUCCCUCCUGCUACAAAAGAAAUACAAAGAUGUAGAACCCACUCUGAGCAUUGAGGAGGUGGACGGGCUGGAGCUGGUGAAGAAGUUUUCGGAAGAGAUGGAGAGCAUGCUGCGGAGGAAGGUGGAAGCUGUGGAGGUAAUGGUGGAGGCUGCAGAGGAUGCCGAUUUAAAUCACGAGUUUAAUGAAUCUAUGGAGUUUGAGUAUUACAAUUCGGUGAGGAUUAACGAAGUGGAUGAAGAUGGUAAUUAUGUGGAUCUGGGGAACGAAUUCAUUCUGGAGACUAACGAGCACUUUAAUAAUCUGAUGGUGAACACAACACUCAGCAACAUUCAGCUGCCUACUAACGUGUACAACAAAGAUCCAGAUAUUCUCAAUGGCGUGUACAUGUCCGAAGCCCUGAAUCCUGUCUUCGUGGAGAACUUUCAGAGGGACCCCACGUUGACCUGGCAAUAUUUCGGCAGCUCCACGGGGUUCUUCCGGCUCUAUCCGGGCAUAAAAUGGAUGCCAGAUGAGAACGGUGUCAUCUCGUUUGAUUGUAGGAACCGUGGAUGGUACAUUCAGGCCGCCACAUCUCCGAAGGACAUCGUGAUCGUGGUGGACAUCAGUGGCAGCAUGAAGGGACUGAGGAUGACCAUUGCCAAACACACAAUCAACACAAUUCUGGACACACUGGGCGAGAAUGACUUUGUCAACAUCAUUGCAUACAAUGAUUACGUCCAUUUUAUUGAGCCGUGUUUUAAGGGUAUCUUAGUACAGGCCGACAGAGAUAACAGGGAGCAUUUCAAGCAGCUAGUGGAUGAACUGCAGGCGAAAGGAGUUGGCACUGUAAACAAAGCUCUCAUCGAGGCAUUUAAAAUCCUGAAAGAGUUCCGAGAAGCCGGUCAGGGAGGUCUGUGUAAUCAGGCAAUCAUGCUUAUAACAGAUGGAGCUGUGGAAGAAUAUGAGCCGGUUUUUGAGAAAUACAAUUGGCCUGAGAAGAGGGUCCGGAUGUUCACUUAUCUCAUUGGGAGAGAGGUGACAUUUGCACAGAAUGUGAAAUGGAUUGCGUGUAGCAAUAAAGGUUAUUACACCCAAAUCUCCACCCUUGCGGACGUCCAGGAAAACGUGAUGGAGUAUCUGCAUGUGCUGAGCCGGCCUAUGGUGAUAAACCACGACCAUGAUAUUAUAUGGACCGAGGCCUACAUGGACAGCGCGCUGCCACAAUCUGAUGAGCUCUUCGCCUCUCAGGCCCAAAGUCUGUUGCUCAUGACCACUGUAGCCAUGCCGGUUUUCAGCAAGAAGAAUGAGACUAGAUCGGAGGGAAUCCUUUUAGGGGUUGUUGGGUCUGAUGUCCCCCUGCGGGAACUGUUGAAGUUGGCGCCCAGGUACAAGCUUGGCGUCCAUGGUUAUGCCUUCCUGAACACGAACAAUGGCUACAUACUGUCACAUCCCGAUUUACGUCCACUGUAUAAGGAAGGCAAAAAACUGAGGCCAAAGCCAAACUACAACAGCGUGGAUCUGUCGGAGGUGGAGUGGGAAGAUCGAGAUGAGAGUCUCCGGACAGCCAUGAUCAAUGGAGAGACAGGAACGCUCGCCAUGGAUGUUAAAGUCACUGUCGAUAAGGGGAAGCGUGUUCUAUUUAUGACCUGCGACUACUUCUUUACGGACAUCAGCGACACUCCUUUCAGCCUUGGAGUUGUUCUGACUCGAGGUCAUGGGGAAUACAUCCUUAUCGGAAACACGUCUCUGGAGGAAGGACUUCAUGACCUCCUCCACCCUGACCUGACCCUGGCCAAUGAAUGGAUUUACUGUAUCACGGACAUUGACCCAGAUCACCGCAAACUGAACCAGCUACAAGCCGUCACUCGCUUCCUAUUGGGGGAGGACCCAGACCUGGAGUGUGAUGAAGAACUAGUGAAGGAAGUUCUGUUUGAUGCCGUUGUCACCGCACCGCUGGAAGCUUACUGGACGCAGGUGGCUCUUAAUCUAUCCAUAAAUGAGGACGGGAUCGAGGUGGCCUUUCUGGGCACCCGUGCUGGGCUUAUUCGGAAAAAUCUGUUUGUGGGAGCGGAACUGAUGUCUAACAGAAAAUUUCUGCAGUACGAAGAAAAAGAAAGUAUAUUCACCAUGGAUCACUUCCCCUUGUGGUAUCGGCGGGCGGCAGAACAUACUCCGGGGAGCUUCGUCUUCCAUGUGCCCACUGACGACAGCCCUGAUCAUAACCCCAGAGACAAUGACAUCGCCGAGCCCGCCAUCCAGGCGCGUAGUUGGGAGGAGCUGAUCCCUGAGGAUGCCAACGCCAAGCCACAAGUCGUGACUGUUAGCACCGCCGUCGCCGUCACCGUGCACAACAAGACUGCAAUCGCUGCAGCCAUCGGAGUUCAGAUGAAGCUUUCCUUGCUGCGGGAUACUUUCUGGAAGGUGACAGGACAGCCCAACGACACUGAUUGUAGCGAUGUGGACGGGAUGUGUCCAAUGAGCUGUGAGGACGAGGCCCUGAACUGCUUCCUCGUAGACAAUAAUGGCUUCAUCAUUGUGGCGAGAGACCCCGAACAGACAGGAGUUUUCCUGGGUGAAGUGGACGGCUCUCUGAUGACGCAGCUUCUCAAUAUGGGGGUCUUCAGACAGGUGACGCUGUACGAUUACCAGGCGAUGUGCAAACACCCCUAUCAACAUCACAGUGGAGGCCGCACUCUGCUUAACCCGCUCUUUGCAUUGUUCUCGGCUGCCCAAUGGCUUUUCAGCAACCUGGUCUUGUUUGUCUUGGAGUUCAGUCUGUGCCCCUGGUCGUCGGAGAACACAGCAGAAGCAAAAUCCUUUUUUCAUCACUCUCACAAGCACAAAAAGCACGACAUGCUACAGCCCUGCGACACCGAAUACCCGGCCUUCAUACAUGAAACCUCCAUCCAGGAGGCUAAUGGGCUCAUUGAGUGCGGCCACUGCCAAAGGAUGUUCGUCAUGCAGCAGGUUGUGAACACAAAUCUUCUCCUCCUUGUCAGUGACUCGGCCUGCGACUGCAGCAAUUUGCCGCAAGUUUUAUUACAAGCCAAAGAAGUUAAAUAUAACGCUUCUGUGAAGUGUGAGCGAAUGAGGUCCCAGAAACUGAGACGGCGGCCGCACUCCUGUCACGACUUCCACCCAGAGGAAAACGCGCAGGACUGUGGCAGAGGCUCUGCCCUGACGUCCUCACUUAUGCUGCUGCUCACAUCUCUCGCCAUCUCAUUGCGGUGACCCAAUAAUGCCACGUGUCAAGCUCCCGGACAAUCCAUGGUCCCAGGUGUCCUCCCUAUAAUGUUCCCCCCAACGUUGCACUUGUGACUACAAAGCAGAGGACAAUUAUCUAUGCAACAUAAGCAAUGUCCUGGGGACAGCAGGAGCCACCGGAGGAACUGCAGCAUCUGCGCCAUACAGAAACCUGCGACUCUCUAGGUGAACAAUCAGGAGCUGUAGGUAACUUAUGGGGUUAAAACACUUAUACUUUUAUUUCAGUUAUUCAGCAAGCCAUUUGAUUGGGGGGAAAUGUUACUGACCAGCGGC